AUGCUCCUUGGCGCAGACGCAAACCCGAAUUCGAGGGAUGUAAACCAAUGGACAGCACUCACUUGGGCUAUCAAUAAAGGACAUGGAUCGGCCGUUAAGGUUCUUCUCGAGAACAAAAUCUAUAUAGACCCGAGGGACGUGGAAGGCCGAACUCCUUUGAUGAUGGCUGCGCGACUUGGCGAGACUGAAAUCCUGAGUCACUUAAUCGAAUCGAAUGCGGGUGUCAACUCGGGGGAUGAGAAGAACUGGACAUCGCUAUCCUGGGCUGUUGCGAACAGACACGAACGAGAAACGCAACGUCUACUCGACAAGGUUGGGGCCAACAUUGACCACAGAGAAGCACAAGGCCGAACUCCCUUUUCACUGGCAGCGGAACGUGGGUUCGUGCAAAUUAUGCAGUUGUUGAUCGAAAAGGAGCUGAUCCACACACUCCUGGUGAUGAAGGCCAUACAGGAUAACCUGGGCCCGGCAAAACUUGUUGGGCCUGUACAACCUUUCUGCCUCCACGCCAUGAUCUGCGCCCUACCGCUUCCCAAUAAGAAAGAUCAAAGUGGUCGUAACUGGCUCUCCUGGGCUGCUGAAUAUAGUGAAGUGGAAGUCACGCAGCAGUUCCUACAAACGAAGUCCAAAGUGGACAAGGUGGACAUAAACAUUCGCGAUGGAUCCGGAGACAAAAGGCCAGCAUGGAUUCAAAUCACGAAGAGGAUUCAAAGUCAGGGCUUCGAACUGGAACUAAUCGAUGACCUUGAAUACAACUGGUUACCUAAUACAAAAGAGUCCAGGUUAUGCCUCUGUGGGACGAAGUCAAUAUGGUCACAGUUACCUUCGGGACUUGGUAUCCAUAAUGUGCUCAAAGAUGACAGCUAUUACUUAAAGCAUACCCAGAAAGAUUUCGGCCAUCGCUUCGUAACGUAUAUCUCUCUAGCUUUCCCUUGUGAGGAGCAAGGAGAGGUGCGCUAUCCUUGGGGCGUUGCUUGGACUAGCAGGAAGACAGCGGAGAGCAUUGCAUGUGGAUUUAUCAGCACGCUUACGAACGGCUCUGUACCCGACUGUCCGUCCAACUUUUUUGGACAGCUCCUUGAGAAUCUCGAACAGCAUUGGAAAAUGAUCUGUUCCGGUGCAAACAAAAAGGUCGAGUCAUUGCGACAUGACCAAGUCAAAAAAAGAGGGAGAAGUCGCGGCUUAAUCGACGAGCUUGCCAAGAACGCAUUGGAGCGCGCAGCUCUCCGACAAUGCCUGCAAUCGCAAAUUGAGGGGCUCAAUGAAGUGCUCCCGACCAAUAGUCCGUUUGGAAUUGAACAGAAGGCCUAG